AUGUUUUUGUUUCGCAGGAACAAGCAGGACCGGGGGGAAACACCCAAGUGCGAACAGAAAUUCAAAUCGGCCUACAAGAGCUGGAAGAGCGACUGGCGGUACGAGGAACGAAAAUCGCGAGGAACGCUGCAGCGGGCCGAUGUGCAAAGCAAGCAGGUCAACCCUUUUCUUGAACUGGAGGCACGCGGUUUCGCCAUACUCCAGCGGCGGCAUCGUUUGAUGCAAUUACUGGGAGACGAGGAGGAUCCAGCCGUCACGGAGAAGCGUCCACCGGGUUAUAUCACCCAGACGCAGCGAGAAGACUUCCAAAAGGCUGUUCGAGAGCUCAUGGUCGACUACUGGAAGAAUGCAGCCGCAUUGCGAAAGAUGCAGGAGUCGUGGAAAUGUGAAUAUGAAUUGGAGAAGCUGCAGCUGCUCCGUGCACAUAAAGACCGCCAUGGCCGGCCGUAUGCUUGGGUUUGGGACCAGGAGAAAUGCGCGGAUCUUGGAGGCUGCUGUGGGCAGACAUGUGGCUGCUGCAAGAAACCUCUACUGACAUAUCUGCGUCCUUCGAACGAUGUUGAGGAAGUCCACGGGGUCUAUGGACAUUGUACCGAGGAGUGUGCUUGUUGCAUCAGGUGUGGCCGUCGUCGACCUCCCCAGCCCCGACUUCUUCCAGCGCCUGAUAUGAGUUUGCUUUGA